AUGGCGGCCGCCAUUGAAAGUACGGGACGUUCGUCGUCGGAGAAUAUCCUGAAUGAAGUGAGGAAGUUCCUAAGAGGUGCCAGCAAUGAACGUCCUAUGGGAAGAGAGAGUCACACCAAAUCAGCUUUAUUCCUACUGCAAACUUUACCCACUGCUAGAUUUGCAGUGUUGGAACAUCUUUGUAGUGUCUUUGAUGAAGCAGUAAAUGAACAUUUGAUGCAACUUAUGUUGAAUAACUCUGAAAAUCCAGUGGAUGAAAAUCGUGGCCAUUUGGAUGGUGUGAUACAAGAUGCCUGUGGUGUUCUUUUUAACUUCAUCAAGACUGGUCCCCAAGCAUGGGCUCCUAUCAUUUCUAGUUGGUCACUGGAGUUGCUCGGUCAGAUCAGUCAGAAGUAUGCCAGUCACAGAAUGGUUCCUCAUGCCAACUCAUUGAAUGAACUUCUUCAACUGUGGAUGACAUGUACUCCCACAAAAUCACUUAUGGAGGUAGCCACAGAAUGCUUUGCAGCUAUGAUUCAGGGGGCCCCAGAUUCCUGUGUGGAUGCCCUUCUGGAGGCUUCUGUCAAGUACAGCCCACACUUUGACUGGGUGGUGGCUCACAUAGGGUCAUGUUUCCCCGAUACUAUUAUUACGCGAGUGUUGAUGUGCGGUCUCAAAGACUUCUGUCAAAAUGGUGGGAGGUCAGCUGACAUGGAAAUGAUGGCAGAGGAAAGGAUACCGAAGAUGGCAUCUGUUGUAGGGAUUCUGGGGCAUCUAGCUUCAAAACACAGCCCAGAAAUACGUGCAGCUUUAAUGAAACUGUUUGAUGACAGUCUACAUACACAGAGUGACACCCUCAAGGUCACUACUGUGCCAUUCCUCCUUCAGUUGGCCUCCAUGUCACCCAUGCUGCUCCAAAUCCUCACUACUGACCUCAUACAAGCCUUAACUCCUAGCGUCCUGAACAAACUCAGUGACCAGUUUGCCAAUUGGAAGGAGUCAAGCUCUCAUGAAUAUGAAAGCUUCCUGAGCCUGGUUAUUCACCUCAUCACCAUGAUAGAUGUUGGUUCCUACCAGGUCCUCCAGUUCUUUCUCAAUAUAGCCCAGCCUCAGGAGAAAACAGGAGAGGAAGUUCCUAAUAAAGAAGUACAAGAAACAUGUGCAGUACUCUUGAAUCGCUUAGUAACUGAACUUCAGAGAGCAGUUUUUCAUCGCCAUAGAGAAGGCAAGAGUGAUGUCCCUUUGCUGGCAUCUCUUACCCCCGAGGCUAUCCACAUCACAGAGAUGCUGCUCAACAGUAAGGGACAAAAGGCGGAAUGCUUGGUGAAGCUUUUAUCUUUUGUUGGUCUUUAUAAUGGAGAAGACUGCACAGCAGAGAUAUUAGCUUACAUUAUUACUGAGUCACGGGAAUGGCACCAGCUGAAACGGUUCCUUGAGCUACAGUUGGUGAAGGAAGUAAGAUUGGGCGAUAUCCUUGGUCGUACCACCUCUAAACUCAUGGCCUACCUCCAGCCGCCCAUUGUCUACUGUCCUCAACGCCUCCUCAAGAAUGUCCUCAUCCUUCUACAGCAGGAAAAUAAGACUGAAAAUAACUUAAAAGUUAUAAGGUCUACAUUGCUGUUUUAUAUGAGGGAGAACUGGGAGUCCCUGAUUGCACUCCUUUCUCACACUGAUCUCACAGUAAUCAUGACAACUCUCAAGAUUCUUGAGAUUGUUGGCCUCUCCAGACCAAUAUCCAGUGUAUCAGCCAUUCGGAUAUCAUCAGCCCUUGUUAUUGUGUUCUUCAAGUCGCUUGAGUUGACAGAUGCCCAUAAAGCCCAGCGGUCAGUGCGUGUUUGUAAGCAGUGUCUCCGUCAGCUGUGCCAUCAUAGCUUCGUCCAGUGUAUCGUACUACGCUUUCUUCUAGAAGGACUCACCAACAGAGACACGUCAUUUCUAUUUGGUGCUAAGAAAGUAAUCAGGGACCAAACAGAGCGAAAGGACCAGUAUCCUAAAGUCUCACUACUGGAGGAAAAUAGCAAACACGGAACAACACUUACCCUGCCACGGUCACAGUCCAGUGUGUUCCACGCAGGAAUUAUUGGUAGCGGACUGAGGUCAAGGUCAUCUGGUACAACACCAUUAGUACAGGGUCAUGUGAGUCGUAACAAGAGAUGUCUCCUGGAUAUUUUACACACCUGCUCCAGGCAGAAUGACAAUCACAAUAUAGACAACAACAUGGAAACUGAUCCCAGCCACUCAGAUUCCCCUAAGAACAAAGUCCGCCCUCUGACCUUGUCUGGUGACCUCUGUCGCAUGAUUGGCAGUCUGAUCACAGAACUGACCACACCAGAUGUAUUGUAUAACAAUCGGUUCUGGCCAGAAGAGGAUUCCUUGCGCUUCACUGUAGAACGAGAUCUCUAUGUUUGGAAAGUGUUUGAUGAAAACCCUGUCUUAUGGGAUGUGAUAGAGUUAUACUCUGGCAAUUCCCUUGCCAUGUGUCGGUGCUCUCCAGUGCUUAAAUCGCUUGUGGCUGCCCUUAUGAACCACUUUGAGUGUUCGCGACUUCAGGAAGCCUGCGAUACACCAAAACAAAAUGAGUCUGCCUGUCGUUUGGUUAACUGUUUGUCCAGGAGCUUGCUUCUUCCUGAUCCUCUGAAAUAUGUGUCAGAGUUAUUUCCCCUUGUCUCAUCAUAUGAAGCCUAUCUAUUACUACUAGCAGUUUGGAAGUACAUGAAGGAAAACCCUCCGACAGAGGACCCUGAAGAAGCCAAGCGACGAGUUUGUGAAACCCGCCAUACAGAUAUAGUCAGAGCAAUCCUCCACAGUAACAUUGACAAGAUGGGCCACCUCUUCUUUAGGUUCUUUAAGGAAUGACAUAGGUCUGUGUGACUGCAGUAAUCCUAGAAACAAGACACUACCACAGACCAUGGAUGAUACAACAGCCUACAAACCGCUGCAUACAAACAGACUUGCAGUUGUAGUUAAUGAACGAUCAGCAAACUUACAGCUGAACUUGAUGACAGGUCAGCAUAGGCUAACUUAGAGCAUUUCUGGACUGGAUGGUUGGUCAUCAUACCUACAGCUGUUGUAACAUAUCAGCAUAUUUCUGCUUAACUGCAUUAGAGAUUGUUACUUAUAGCUCUUAAAUUCAGCAUACUUACAGCUGUUGUGAUGAUUCAGCAUACUUACAGCUGUUGUGAUGAUUCAGCAUAAUUACAACUGUUGUGAUGAACAGGGCAGCUUACUGGAUGUAAAAAUCAGUGCACUUUAAGCUGUAUAGUAUGAUCAAUUAGCAUACUUCCAGCUGUACAGAAGUCAUGGUAUUGACAACCAAGAAGAAAAGGUCAGCAUACAUCUAGCUGUACUGGAUAUAUCAGUGUUCUUAAGAGUUGUGCUGGAUGAAAUGUCAGUGUACUUACAGCUGUGCUGGAUGAUUAGUCAGUGUACCUACAGCUGUUGUGAAGAAGAGGUCAGCAUACUUACAGCUUUACUGGAUGAUUAGUCAGCAUACUUACAGCUGUACUGGAUGAUAUGUCAGUGUACUUACAGCUGUGCUGGAUGAUUAGUCAGCAUACUUACGCCUUCACUGGAUCACAGCUAAGUGAGCUGUUUAUGAUAAUGUAUGAACAAUAUACAAUGUGAUCCCUGAGACACUACUGGUCAUAUUCACUUCAAAACAAUAAAAGACUUACAAACAUUCAU